AUGUGUGCCGAGAGUUGCUUUUUAUGUUAAAGUGUCUGGCGGUGUCUGGACACCCCUGUUGUGGCGUAAAUUGCUUGGAUCAGCAUGUCGAAAAGUCUCCGAACAGAGUGGCUUUGAUUUGGGAGAGAGAUGAACCUGGCACUGCAGUGCAUGUCACAUACAGGGAACUUCUGGAUCUGACUUGCCGCCUUGCCAACACUCUGAAGAAAUACGGAAUCCAGAAAGGGGACAGGGUGGCCAUCUAUAUGUCUGUGUCUCCCUUGUCAGUGGCAGCCAUGCUGGCUUGUGCCAGGAUUGGUGCUGUUCACACUGUGGUCUUCGCUGGAUUCAGCGCCGAGUCCUUGGCUGGGAGAAUCAUGGACUCUGGAUGCAAAGCAGUUAUCACAUACAACCAGGGAGUCAGGGGAGGCCGAACCACAGAGCUGAAGGCAACUGUGGAUGAAGCUGUGAAGAACUGUCCAAGCAUCAGACAUGUGUUUGUGGCUCAGAGGACAGAUAACAAAGUCCAGAUGGGUGACCAUGAUAUUCCCCUUGAAGAGGAGAUGACCAAGGCAGAUUCCAUCUGCACUCCAGAGAGCAUGGACAGUGAAGACGUGCUCUUCAUGCUGUACACCUCAGGCAGCACUGGGAAACCCAAAGGAAUCAUUCACACCCAGGCUGGAUACCUGCUGUAUGCUGCUCUCACACACAAGUAUGUGUUUGACUACCAGCAAGGCGACGUUUUUGGCUGUGUGGCCGACAUUGGCUGGAUCACAGGACAUAGCUAUGUUGUUUAUGGACCACUCUGCAAUGGAGCCACCUCUGUCCUGUUUGAAAGCACUCCAGUGUAUCCUGACCCAGGUCGUUACUGGGAAGUGGUGCAAAGGUUGAAAAUUAAUCAGUUUUAUGGAGCACCUACAGCAAUACGCGUGCUGCUGAAUUAUGGAGAAGAGUGGGUGAAGAAAUACGACAGAUCUUCCUUGAAGGUUUUGGGUUCAGUGGGAGAGCCCAUCAACAAGGAAGCUUGGCAGUGGUUCUACCAGGUGGUGGGAGAAGGGCGCUGUGCCCUCGUGGACACAUGGUGGCAGACAGAAACUGGUGGCAUCUGCAUUGCCCCACGGCCCUCAGAGGAGAAAGCUGAGAUCAUUCCAGCUAUGGCUAUGAGACCUUUCUUUGGGAUUGUGCCUGUGCUCAUGGAUGAGAAUGGAGAGGUUAUAGAGGGCAAUGAUGUGUCUGGUGCACUCUGCAUUGCCCAGCCGUGGCCUGGCAUGGCAAGAACAAUCCAUGGAGAUCACCAGCGCUUUAUUGAUGCCUAUUUCAAAGCCUACCCAGGUUACUACUUCACAGGGGAUGGUGCUUACAGGAGCCAGAAAGGCUAUUACCAGAUAACAGGGCGCAUGGACGAUAUCAUUAACAUAAGUGGACACAGGCUGGGGACGGCAGAAAUAGAAGAUGCAAUGGCUGAUCACCCUGAUGUCCCUGAAACAGCUGUGGUUGGGUAUCCACAUAAGAUCAAAGGAGAAGGUGCCUUUGCUUUCAUAGUGCUAAAGGAGCAGACACCUUGUGUAGACCAUAUCAAAGAAGAGCUCAAAACCAUAGUGGCUUCCAAGAUAGCAAAGUAUGCUGUGCCUGACCACAUUCUGGUGGUAAAGCGCCUCCCCAAAACCCGAUCAGGGAAGAUCAUGAGAAGGCUACUGAGGAAAGUAGUCACUGAACAAUCAAGCAACAUGGGAGAUGUCACCACACUUGAUGAUCCAAGUGUUGUCAAGGAGAUAAUGGAUGCUUACCAGAAAUACAAGGAGAAGAGUUCCUCAUAACAGGCAACUCUGGAAUUUCUCUCCUUUGGGAACGUGGAAGGUCUCAACUAGGCAAACAGCAUAGUUCUCUCUUGGUGUUUUUUUUUUUUUAAUUGUUUCCUUCUAGGGGAACAAGAUUUUCCACUCCACAACAUUUUUUGAGAUGGCAUGGGGCUAGGAGCAGUCUGCAGUUUUCCACUGUCAGUGAACUCCUUUUCCUUGUGCUCAGGGCUGUUGUAGAGCAGCUGUUGGUGGUUUCCAUGAGCUAUGCUGAAAUUUAACAUGAGCAGAAGCAAGAUGCAGAUGUUAAUAUUCCUCUUUUUAAUGUUACUGUACAGGGAAAUGUUUUUUUUACAGUAUUUUUGCUGUUUUAAAAGAAGCCCUGGAAAACACCUCUUCAAUUUUUUCUUCAACUUGGAUAUCUGAGUCCAAGCACCUGUAUUUCACUGCAACUGUGGUGCGUUUUCAGCAGUUCUGGAUAUUUUAGUAGGUGUUUCAUAUGCAUUACUAGGGACAUGAGAAGGACAUGGGUAGUCUGAUAAUUCUUCUUGACUUCACCCAUUAUUCUCUUAUUUCCUUUGGCUUUCCUCAUGUGGAUUUGUUCCUACCACCAUGUGUCCUGAGACUUCCCAGAGAUAGUGAGCUUGUAACCCUUCAUGUCUCACCUAGGUAACCCAGCACCAGCACUUACAGCUGCAAAAAAGAGCCACAAAACCCACAACUGGACAUCCUGCAUGUCCUCAGUGCAUUGCUGCCAAGCUGAUUUACCAAAGAAUUAAGUGCCAUGUGGGUAUCCACAGACUGCACAGUCCACUAAAAAAAGUGCCUCUUAGAUGUCUUGUGGAAAGUGACAGCAGCAUUCAAGACUAGCAACCUCGGAAUAGCAGGGAAGAACAGCCUUUGUCUUUCCUAUGCUUUCAGAAUUGCAAUUAAUGUAGUCAGUUUUUUAUUUCUGGAUUCAUUUUAUAAUGACCACAUUCCAGUUGAAGCACUCCUUAUAUUUGGGCUGUACAGAAGAAUUUGUAGGGCUUCCUGAAUUUAAUUGGAGCAACACUGCUUUUUCCAGGGGGACUAUGUACUGGAAAGACAAUUUGUGCACCUAACUGGAGGAAGGAAAGGCAGGAGGGAAAUGCGUACUUGAUCUGUAGGAUUGGGAGAGGCAUGGGGAGUUUUCUGGCCAGCAAAGAUUCUGGUACCACAAUGGGAAGCAGGCUGCUUGAAGUAUAUAUGUUCUCAAAAACAGGUGUAUUAUCUUAGAUCCUGGAGUUCCUCUAAGGAUACCAGCUAAAUUUUCUUUUUAAAAAAGUUAUUUCAAGUGUCUCUAGGGACUGAAUAGUACAGUAAGGAAUACCAUGCUUUUUAAAAUAUCCCAUCCUUCAAGCAUUUUUAUGUAAGAUAAAUAGACACCCUGUGAACUUUCUGGGAAGCUGAAGAUCAGAAGAUUUGAAGGUUUGAUAGAGUUGACAGGGUAUUAAUAUUUUAGGAGAUAGACACUGCUUUAUUGCCACUGUAAUAGAAAACAACCCAACCUGCUUCUUUAAGUAGUUUUCAAGUGGGAAGCAAACAAGAAUUAACAUUUUUGACAGAAAAAGUACACUCACUUGUUUCAACAAGUCAUCUCCAUGCAGUCUGAAACAACAGUGUGGAGGAAGAAAAAUUACAUUUGAACAAGAUUACACACUUUCCUUUUAAUCAAGAAAGCAUUUCUUAUAUUGUGGACAUAGAAUUUCCUUAUCUUUUUGACCUGAAAUUUCCCUGUGUGUUGUCCCAGUGGUCACAGACUCAUGGUUUAAUUCAUCUGAACUGUCUCACAAACACUGUCUGUGUGAGGAGCAGUGUGUUUUGGUGCAUCCCUGUGCUCAGGGAAAAUGAGAGGUGAGUGUACUUCCUCACCUGCAUCCCUGUUGUCUCAACUUGCACGGGCUUAGGGACCAUGGUUGCCAGGGAGGUUCCAGGCUGACCAGGAAGCUGCAGGAGCUCAGGAGCUCAAAAAAAUCACAGCUGGGCCAGCUGUGGUGCAGACAGAAAGUUGUGGAUGCCAUCCCUGAAAAUGUUGAACGCCAGGUUGGAUGGGGCUCUGAGCAACCUGGUCUAGUAGAAGGUGUCCCUGCCCAUGGAAUGGUAGUUUAACUAGAUGAUCCUUGAGGUCUUUCCUGUACAAAUCUCAUUUCCACAGCUGAGCUGUGGUGCUUGGGAUGUCCAUCUGCUCAGAGGCCCCCUUGGGGUAUUCCAAGAGAGUACAGAGUGCUCCUAUGCUGCCCACAUGGUGUUCUGCAGUGGAUGCAGCUUGUGCUGGGCAGCCUCAGUCUCUCAAUAAAACUCAGUCUCCCAGCAUUGGCUCUUGGAGCAGACAGCCUGUGCCCAGCCCAUUCAAUGGCACCCUGAGUCUGGUAAAAACAGAGCUAGGCAGGGCUUGGAAAGAGCGCUUCUAAUGAAAAGAAGGAUAUUGUGCUUUAUUGAGUAGGCUACACAGAGAAAGCUUUAAAUUGAAAUUGAAAUGUUACAUACUCCUUCCAGAAUUUAAAGUUUCCGUCCAGAGAAGUCCCCAUUUCUUCUUUCUACGCACUAUCUCUGCUAACAGCUGCAGUUGCCUCUUCACUGCAAGCUUGAGUUGAGCUUUGCAUUUUCAUCAACAACAGCACUGGUGUGUGGUGACAGUGCUUUCUAUUUAAUAUGCAGCAGGCUUGUGGCUCAGGGAGGGAUUCAGCCCACAGAAUUGGCACUGUUUUCCUCAGUGCCUGAAAUGCCAGAAAGGAGGGAGUUUCUGAAGUACCCCAAGCCUGCAAGGCUCUUAACCUGAUCUUCAGUGGUCAGAUACCAGUGGGAUUGUGGGACAAACUUGGGAGCAAUUACUUCAUUUAGAAAAGCAGAGCUGUUAAAUACUUCUAAACCUUUGUGUGUUCAUAAGUGAUAUAUGGGUUGUUUGUCAGAUUGCCUUUGUAGCUUCAUUAAAAGAGAUGCAAAGUCAA